UUUCACCCUGCGCCUCUGUCUCGCUUCCCGGUGGAUUUAACCUGUUUGACUGUUCGCCCAUCCAGAUCCAGAAGAAACUUUUUGUUUUUAUUCAUUCAUUUCUUAAACACCCAGUGCCCUGUUAUCGAUGGCGGAGGGUGUGCGUCCUGAGGACUACUGCGACGAGCCCGCGGAGGACGAUUUUGGAGAGAUCAUCAAGUGUCGAUCAGAUGAAAGAGAAGACGUUCAGAAGAAGACUUUCACAAAAUGGGUAAACUCACAGUUGUCUAAGACGGGGAAAUCACCUGUGGAUGAUUUGUUCUCAGACCUGUGUGAUGGGCGACGUCUGCUGGAGUUGCUGGAGGGGCUGACAGGACAAGCACUGGUGAGGUUGGAGAGAGGAUUCACUCGAGUUCACUCACUCAACAAUGUCAACCGUGCUCUGCAGAUCCUGCAGAAGAACAAUGUUGAACUUGUGAAUAUUGGAGCAGGAGACAUCGUUGAUGGUAAUCACAAACUGAUUCUCGGGCUUAUCUGGAGCAUCAUUCUCCACUGGCAGGUAAAGGAUGUGAUGAAGGAUGUGAUGGCGGGCCUACAGCAGACCAACAGUGAGAAGAUUCUGUUGAGUUGGGUUCGUCAGAACACACGCCAGUAUCCUCAGGUCAACGUUGUUAACUUCUCCAGUAGCUGGAAUGAUGGAUUGGCCUUCAACGCCCUCAUCCACAGCCACAGACCUGAGCUGUUUGAUUGGAGCUCAGUGGAGAAGAAGACGUCAGCAAUCGACAGACUGGAACACGCCUUUAACAAGGCAGAGCAACACCUGGGGAUAGAGAGACUGCUGGACCCUGAGGAUGUGGCAGUGCCUCACCCGGACAAGAAGAGUGUCAUCAUGUACGUGACAUCGCUCUUCAAGGUGCUCCCCCAAAUCGUCUCCAUGGAAGCCAUCAAGGAGGUGGAGACGCUGCCCCGGGCGACGCCAUCCGCCGUCACCCGGACAACGACAGAAGAGCACUACCAGAUCCAGACCCAGCAGCGCUACUCUCAGCAGAUCACAGUGAGUGUGGCUCAGGGGCGAGUGCGGAGCCCCUCCCCUCAGCCUCGCUAUAAAAGCUAUGCCUACACCCAGGCUGCCUAUGUCAAGUCACCCGAGCAAAAGAGGAGGCGUUUUACUGAUCAGUUCCUGACACCAAGCCAGGAGGAGCUGCAGCGGGGCCUCAGUCCUCUACCACCAGGCUCCACCAGCCUGGAGAGCUACCAGGCUGCACUGGAGGAGGUGUUGACAUGGCUGCUGACGGCUGAAGACGGGCUCCAAGCCCAGCCUCCCAUCUCCAGCCAUGUGGAGGAGGUGAAGGAGCAGUUCCACACACAUGAGGGGUACAUGGUGGAGCUGACCACCCACCAGGGCAGCGUGGGCCGGGUCCUCCGGGCUGGCGCUGCCUUGCUGGGGGAGGGUAACCUGAGCGAGGAGGAGGACUCGGAGGUCAGAGAGCAGAUGAAUCUCCUGAACUCACGGUGGGAGCACCUGAGAGUGGCUAGCAUGGAGAGGCAGAGCAGACUCCAUGAAGUCCUGAUGAACCUGCAGAACCAGCAGCUGCAGCAGCUCACUGACUGGUUAGAUGUGACAGAGGCGCGGAUCAAGAGGAUGGAGGCUCAACCGCUUGGCCCUGACCUGGAGGAUAUCAAGCACCAAGUUGAAGAGCACAAGCUUCUGCAGGAGGAUUUGGAACUGGAGCAGGUGAGGGUGAACUCUCUCACCCACAUGGUGGUUGUGGUGGAUGAAUCUAGUGGAGACAGCGCCACCGCAGCCUUGGAGAGCAGACUUCAGGUGCUCGGUGAUCGCUGGGCAGCCAUUUGUAAAUGGACAGAAGAACGCUGGAUUCUGCUACAGGAGAUUUUACUAAAAUGGCAGCACUUCACUAAUGAACAGUGUUUAUUCGACUCAUGGCUGACUCAGAAGGAAGAGCUUGUGAGCUCCAUCAAGACCUCCAACCUCAAAGACCAGGCAGAGAUGGUAGCAUGCCUGCGCCGCCUUGCUACUGUGAAGGCAGACCUGGAGGUGAAACGUCCCACCAUGGACAAGCUGUGCUCCAUGAGUCAGGACCUGCUGUCCAGUGUGAGGAACAAAGAUGUGGCCAGCAAACUGGAGGCCAGACUGGACAACUUUGCCCAACGCUGGGACCAACUGGUGCACAGUCUGGAGUUGAGUAGUGCCCAGCUGUCAUCCGCUGUUAGUGUGGCCCAGCAGUCCGAACUUACCCACUCAACUGUCACGUCAACCGUUACCAAGGUGACGACAAGGGAGAAGGUGUCCGCUAUUCGUCAGACUCGAGAGUCGCCGCCUCCACAGAAGAAGAGACAGGCCGUGGUGGACUCUGAACUCAGGAAAAGUUGCAUGCAUCCUUUUCUGCUGUCAUAUCUUGGCAGGUUUGAUGUGGACUUCACAGAGGUCCACAGCUACAUGACCCGUGGUGAGGCCAUCCUCCAGAGUCCCGAGUUCUCGGUGUCACGCAAGGACGGCAGCAUCCAGGAUCUGUAUGACAAAGUGCAGGCGAUAGAAAGAGAGCGGCCCGAGAAGUACCGCAAGCUUCAGGAGGCGACGCGCACAGCGCAGACGCUGGUCGAGCAGGAGGGAAGCCGCGCUGAUGACAUUGCCCAGGCAGCAGAGCAGCUGAACCAGCGAUGGGUGGGAUUCUGUGCCUUGUUGGCAGACAGGCUGGCAUGGCUGGCUUACCAGACAAAGGUGCUGGCCUUCUACAACUUGUACGAGCAGUGUGAACAGGCAGUGGACACCAGUGAGAACUGGCUCAAGGUCCAGGCACCACCAGCAUCUGAGCCAGAGCCACUUAAAGUACAACUGGACCGAUGUCGGCACGUUUCUGAGGAGAUUGCUCGCCUGGACGCCCUGCACCCUCAGGUGGAUCUGCUGGAAAAGCAGCUGAGGGAACUGAAGGAGGAGAAGGAAGGGGAGGAAGACCCCUCAGCUAUCCUGGACGCUGACAUCAGCGCCUUCAAAGAGCGCUACCAAACUGUCCUGGACAAUCUGAGGGCCAGAGAGAGGCAGCUCCAAUUGGUUUUGGAGAGCUUGCCCCCAGCUCGUUACAGGGAGACCAUAUCGGCACUGUUGGCAUGGUUACACCAAUGCGAGACCAAGAUGGCCAUCCCAUCCACAGCUGUUACAGAGUAUCCUGUAAUGGAGCAGAGACUGCAGGAUGUCCAGGCCCUUCAGGAGUCCCUGACUGAACACCAGGGGGAGGUAGACUACCUGACCGCAGCGGUGGAGCAGGUCUUCCAGAAAGCUCCACCAGAUAUCAGCCAGAAGUAUCGCACAGAGAUGGACACCAUCAUGGCACGCUGGAGACGACUCAGCACCACGCUGACAGACAACGCACAGAGAAUCCAGGAGCUGAUGGCCAAACUGAUGCAGUUUGAGAAUGAUGUAAAGACUUUAAAGAAGUGGAUGGCAGACGUGGAUGUCUUCCUGAACGAGGAGUGGCCAGCGCUGGGAGACUCAGAAGCUCUGGAGAAACAGCUAGAACAAUGCACAGCUCUGGUGAACGACAUCCACACCAUUCAGCCCAGCGUCAACGGCAUAAACGAAGUGGGUCUAUACCUGAAGAAAGAGGCGGAACCGCCAUUCGCCAUUCACAUUCAGAAAGAACUCGAUGAGCUCAACGCCCAGUGGGAGAACGUCUGUAAACAGGCCUAUGCUAAGAAGUCGGCGCUGAAAGGUGGCCUGGAUAAGACCAUGGCUCUGAGGAAGGAGAUGCAGGAGAUGCAGGAGUGGAUCAACCAGGCUGAGGAAGACUACCUGGAGAGAGACUUCACAUAUAAGACACCCGAGGAGCUCCGCAAAGCCGUGGAGGAGCUUAAGAGGGCCCAGGAGGAGGUCCACUCCAAGGAGCUAAAGGUCAAACUCCUCACAGACAGCGUGAACAGCUUCAUCGCCAAAGCCCCGCCCACGGCCCACGAUGCCCUGCGCUCGGAGCUGGAUGUGCUGACAGCCAACUACCAGCGCCUGUGCAGCCGUCUUGAUGGGAAAUGUAAAACUCUGGAGGAAGUGUGGGCUUGCUGGUGUGAGCUGCUCCAUUACCUGGAGCUGGAGAACGCCUUCCUGGACCAGUUAGAGCAGAAACUAGACGAGACAGAGAACUUGAAGGGAGGACCAGAGGAGUUACAGGAGGCCCUGGAUAGCCUGGAGCUCCUCCUGCGUCACCCAGAGGACAACAGGAACCAGAUCCGAGAGUUGGCCCAGACACUGAUGGAUGGAGGUGUUCUGGACGAACUCAUUCAGCAGAAGCUCGAUGCUUUCAACACACGAUGGGAUGAACUCAUGGCACGGGCGGCGCUCAGGCAGAAGGAGCUGGAGAAGAGUGCGCAGUGGGCCAGGGAGAAUGACACGACGCUGAAGCAGAUGCAGGACUCGCUCACCAACACAGACCGCCACCUCACCUCAUACCUGGCCGACCACAUCGACGCCCAGCAGAUACCACAGGAGGCCCAGAAAAUCCAGGCUGAGCUGAGUGAAUAUGAUGCAACCUUGGAGGACAUGAGGAAGAAGAACCAGGACAAAGAGCCAUCCCAGAACAUCAUGGGACAAAUAGACCUCACACAGAAAAUGCUGACCGGCGUGUGGACAAAAUUCCGGCUCUUCCAGAAGCCAGCCAACUUUGACGCUCGGCUGGCUGAAUGUGAGCGUGUGCUGGCUGGAGUGAAAAGUCAGGUGGGGAUGCUGGACAUCCGCAGCGUGGAGCAGGACGUGGUGCAGUCACAGCUGGACCAGUGCAUGAAGUUGUACAAGAUGCUGAGUGAAGUGAAAGGAGAAAUCGAGACAGUGAUAAAAACAGGUCGACAGAUCGUCCAGAGGCAGCAGACUGAGCAGCCCAAAGAUCUGGACGACAGGGUGACCGCCCUGAAACUGCUCUACAACCAGCUGGGAGCAAAGGUAACCGAGAGUAAACUGGAGCUGGAGAAGAGUCUGAAAUUGUCGAGGAAGCUUCGCAAGGAGCUGAACGGACUUACGGAGUGGCUGGCCGCUACCGACGCCGAGCUGACCAGGCGCUCUGCCGUGGACGGCAUGCCCAGUGACCUGGAGGCUGAGUUGGAAUGGGCUCAGUCCAUCCACGACGAGACAGAGCGGCGGCAGCCACAGCUGCAGGCCGUGGUGGAUCUCGCAGAAGCUCUCAAGGCCGUGCUGCGGGGCCACGGGGGCCUCGUAGAUGACAAAGUCAGUCUGCUGCACUGCAACUGGAUCGCAGUCACAUCCAGAGCAGAGGAAUGGCUCAACCUGCUGCUGGAUUACCAGCGGCAGAUGCAGAAGUUAGAUGGAGAGAUAGAGGAAGUGAACAGAUGGAUUGAUGGAGCGGAGAAAAAGAUGGAUGACAUGGACGGCCAGGGACCUAAUGACGCAGUGCUCAAGGUUUUGCGUGCAGAGCUGGAGCUGAUGAAAGGUAAGAUGGAGGAAGUGAGGGCUUUGUCCCAGGAGCUCAUGUCCACCAGGGGGGAGAACUGCCAGGCUCAGGUGGGACCCAAAGUGCAGCAGCUCAACCAGAGAUUUGACACCAUCGCUCAACGCAUUGCCUCUGGACUGACUGCAGCAUCAGCCAAGGAGUUGGAGCAGUACCACAGUGAAGCCCAGAUCUGGCUUGCACUCCUGGAGGAGGAAGUGAAACAGGGGGAAAACCUAAAAGAGGAGGACUUCCAGGAAGACAAGGACUGUGAGGAAGGUGCGGUGAAGGAGUUACUGGUGAAAGGAGAGAAUCUACAGAAGAGAGUUCCGGAUCUGGACAAGAGAGAGCAGAUCAGACUUAAACACAACCAGCUCAACAGCAAGUACAACACUGUCAAGGACCUGCGUCUACUGAGGAACAGGAAAGCAUUGGCGAUCGCUCCCCAGUGGUACCAGUACAGGAGGAAGUCACAUGACCUGCUGGCCUGGCUGGAUGAUAUUCAACGCAGUGUGGACCAACUGCCUGACCCUCCUGAGGGAGAGCGGGUUAAGGAAAUUGGCUCAGAGUUCGACAAGAAGAAGGAGGAGCUUAAGGAGGUGCAGGGCUUAGCCAAUCAGCUCUCAGAAGCUGGAGCCGCCAAUCUAGUGGAACCCCGCCAGCUACAGCUCAACACGCGUUGGGCUGAGGUGGAGGGCAAGUUCAUACCCUUCAAAAGACAAUGUUUCCCUGAUCUGCCGAUCCGCGAAGAUGACUACCUCACAGAGCUGCAGGCGUUGCUGCGUUCUGUGUCAGAGACGGACUUCAAGCUGAACUCUCCUGAAUACUGGCCCGCAGCGUUUUAUAACCUGCCUCAGCAAGAGCACUGCCUGAAGGAGGUGAAGGCCAGUAUUGCUAAGCUGCGAGGUCCAGUGGAGACAGCGCUGGCCCGCCGAGAGGAGAUGGUGUCGGGCGCACGACCUCUGGAGGGUCAGAAGAUCCAGGAAACUGCCGUCCUCCUCAACACCAACUGGGACAAGCUGAACAAGCUCUACCUGGACAGACUGAAGCGUUGGCAGGACUGCAACUCCAAGUGGCAGAAGUUUGUGUCAGAUCAGAAAACUGUGGAGGGGUGGCUGAGUGAAGCCGAGAGCACUUUAAAACUGGCUGAGACAGAGCCUGCAGCACACAGACAGCAUCUCAGGGACCUGACGGAGGCAAUACCCGUCCAGGAAGUGGUGCUGGGCAGAGUGAACUCCUCAGGAGAGGACAUCAGUCAGAUGAGCACACCAGAUGACGCCUUGCGGCUUCGAACUCACCUCAAAGUGCUCAACACUCGCUGGGUUAACGCCUGUCAGCAGCUCAAUGAGCACAAGAGGAGGUCAUCAGAGGCACGUACGGCAGCAGGGCAGCUGCAGGAGGACAUGGGCUCCAUGCUGGGCUGGUUGGACAAGGCAGAGGGUGUCCUGGCCAUCCCUCUGCAGCCUGCAGAGCCUCAGCACAUCAGAGACACUCUGGACAAAGUGCAGGCCCGUGUGGAUGAGCUUCCUUCCAAGCAGGUGGCAGUGGAUAAUCUGAACUCCAGACUGAGACAAAUACAACUUCCUGCGGACAAACAAAAAGACAUCAGGAUCAUCAACAGUCGCUGGGCUCAGGUUUCCAGGGCUUUGCCAGAGCGCCAGCUGGAGAUUGAGGGUUUGUUGAAGGAGUUGGAGAAGCUGCAGGGUCAGCUGGACGACCUGUCAGUGUGGGCAUCCCACACCAGAGCCAACCUCGAACACAGCCCAGAGGAGCCACAUCCCAGGAUCAUUGAAGAAGUGCAAUUUAAACAACCAGAGGUGGAAGAGGUUUUGCUGCGAGCUGAUCAACUCUUCAGGGACAUUCCUCCCUACCACCCAGACAAGAUGAAGUAUACCAAGCUGAGAGAAGACUGGACAGUGAUCCUGGAGCUGUUGAGGCAGCACAAAGAGAGGAUGGCUGCUCAUCUUGUGGCCAAAAAAGCCCAUGAAUCUCUCACAGGGAGUUCGAUGCCUGACUCCGCGGCAUUGGCUCACUUCAACAAGUCAUGGGCGGAGCUAACCGACUGGCUGACCAUGCUGGACAACAUGGUGCAGAACAAGCGAGUGGUGGUGGCCGACCUGGAGGACAUCAGCGAGAACAUUGGCAAGCUCAUGGAAUCACUGCAGGAGCUGGACCAUAAGCGCCCCCUCCUGGAGAGACAGGUCACGGCGGCCCAAAACUUGAAGAACAAAACCAGCAAUCAGGAGACACGCAACGCGAUCACUGAACGCAUUGACAGGCUUCAGACUCACUGGGAGGACUCACAGACCAAACUCUCUGAUAGGACGAAGCAGCUCCACAACAUGCUGCAGGACUCCACCGAUUGGCUGGACGCAAAGAAAGGGGCGGAUCAUCACAUCAUGCGGGCCAGUGAGAGGCUAGAGUCCUGGCAGGAAAUCACCUACACAGCAGAUGCACUGAAGAGACAAAAUGCUGAACUAAAGCUCUUUGUGAAGGAGCUGCAGCAGUGUCAGGGUCAGGUGGAUAAAACCAAUGCUCUGGCAAAUAAACUGCUGACGCUCUACGCGAAUGAUGACACGCACAAGGUCACCCAGGUCAACGAUAACAUGAUGGCAACAUGGACACACAUCAGCAAACGUGUUUCAGACAGGGAGGCUGCUCUGGAAGCUGCUCUGCGACUGCUGCAGCAGUUCUACCUGGACCUGGAAAAGUUCCUCAGCUGGCUGACGGAGGCUGAGACAACUUGCAAUGUGUUAAUCGAUGCUACCAACAAGCAGAGACUUCAGGAGCAGCCUGAGGCAGCCAGGAACCUGCUGGCACAAUGGAAGGAUCUUCAGGCAGAGAUUGACAGCCACACAGAGUUGUACCACUCCCUCGAUGAGAAUGGCCAAAGGAUUCUUGCCUCGCUGGACAACACAGCGGACGCUGCUCUGCUCCGAAAACGUCUGGACAACAUGAGCCAGCGCUGGAACGACCUGCGCAACAAGACCCUCAGUAUGAGGGCCCACCUGGACUCUGAGAUGGCCCCAUGGAAGAGGCUCCACAUGUCCUUGCAAGAGCUUCUCAACUGGCUGAGGCUGAAAAGUCAACAGCUGGAGCGCGAGCCACCUGUAGGUGGCGAUGUCCCUGCCGUGCAGGCACAACUGGACACACACCGGGGCUUCAGGAGAGACCUGAGAGCUAAAGAGCCAGUUGUGACCAAGAGUCUGGACGAUGUUGGAAUAUUUCUGGCAGAACUGCCCCGAGACUCACCCUCACUUGAGCAGAGAGACAUCAGUCCAGAGGAGCGUGCCCAGAAUGUGGCUCGAAUCCUGCGCAAGGAAGCAGAUGACGUGACUUCGAAGUGGGACCAGCUCAACAUCGACUCCGCUGACUGGCAGAGGAGGCUGGAGAUUGCUCUGGACAGGCUGAUUGAACUACAAGAGGCGGAGGACUUGCUGGAUGGUCAGCUGAGGCAGGCAGAGAUGGUGAAGGAGGCGUGGGAACCUGUGGGUGACCUGUUGAUUGAUUCGCUUCCGGAGCACAUCGAAAGAGUCAAGGAGUUCCAGGAAGAGAUCGCCCCAAUUAAAGAUGACGUAACUCACAUGAACCAGCUGGCGUCCACUUUCGGUCCACCCGACAUCCAGCUGUCACUUAGCAACCUGGAACGCAUCGAAGAGCUCAACACACGCUGGAGACUGCUCCAGGUCGCCAUGGACACGGCGAAAAACAACUCAGGCAGAAAUGGAUUGGGUGAGGUGGACUCAAAGAUCUCCAUCAGUGAACAUCUAAAGCAGCUGACAGAUGCUCACCGGGACUUUGGGCUUCUGCACGGGUCUGUCGAGAGCCCCUUCGAGCAGGGCGUCUCCCCAAACAACGUGCCCUACUACAUAAAAGAGAAAACUGAACCUGGCCAGAUCACCGCAGCUCUCCAUCAGACCCAGACAACAUGCUGGGACCAUCCCAAGAUGGCCGAGCUCUACCAGUCUCUGUCCGACCUGAACAAUGUCCGAUUCUCGGCCUACCGGACAGCCAUGAAGCUCAGGCGCCUGCAGAAGGCUCUCUGUUUGGACCUGCUGAGCAUGCCGGUGGCGUGCGAGGUGUUCGACCAGCACGGUCUAAAGCAGAACGAGCAGCUGCUGGACAUCUCCCAGCUGGUCACUUGUCUGACCAGCCUGUACCAGCGACUGGAGCAGAGCCAUUCCCACCUCGUCAAUGUCCCGCUGUGCGUCGACAUGUGCCUCAACUGGCUGCUAAACGUCUACGACACUGGACGCACCGGAAAGAUCCGGACUCUGUCAUUCAAAACUGGAAUCAUCUCACUCUGCAAAGCUCACCUGGAGGAUAAGUACAGAUUUUUGUUCAGACAGGUUGCCAGUGCCACCGGGUUCUGUGACCAGCGUCGCCUUGGCCUCCUUCUACACGACUCCAUCCAAAUCCCCCGGCAGCUCGGCGAGGUCGCCUCGUUCGGCGGCUCCAACAUCGAGCCCUCAGUCCGCAGCUGCUUCCAGUUUGCCAACAACAAACCAGAGCUGGAGGCCGCCAUGUUUCUUGACUGGAUGCGUCUGGAGCCCCAGUCCAUAGUGUGGUUACCAGUCCUGCACCGUGUGGCUGCUGCUGAGACCGCCAAGCACCAGGCCAAGUGUAACAUCUGCAAAGAGUGUCCCAUCAUAGGAUUCAGAUAUCGGAGCCUGAAACAUUUCAACUAUGAUAUUUGCCAAAGCUGCUUCUUCUCGGGUCGUGUUGCCAAGGGACACAAGAUGCAGUACCCCAUGGUAGAGUACUGCACUCCGACGACAUCAGGGGAGGAUGUCAGGGAUUUUGCCAAGGUACUGAAGAACAAGUUCAGGACCAAGCGUUACUUUGCGAAACACCCACGCAUGGGCUACCUGCCGGUCCAGACAAUCCUGGAGGGAGACAACAUGGAAACUCCUGUCACUCUGAUCAACUUCUGGCCCGUAGACCAUGCGCCCGGAUCGUCCCCGCAGCUCUCUCAUGAUGACACACACACACGGAUUGAGCACUACGCCAACCGGUUAGCAGAAAUGGAGAAUCGUAAUGGCUCUUAUCUGAAUGACAGUAUCUCACCAAAUGAAAGCAUCGAUGACGAGCACAUGUUGAUCCAGCACUACUGCCAGUCUCUGAACCAAGGCUCUCCUCUCAGCCAGCCCCGCAGCCCCGCCCAGAUCCUCAUCUCCAUGGAAACUGAGGAGAAGGGAGAGCUGGAAAGGGUCCUCAAUGACCUGGAGCAGGAGAACAGGAAGCUGCAGUCAGAGUACGACCGUCUGAAGAAAGCCCAUGACAGGAAGGGCCUGUCCCCACUGCCGUCGCCUCCAGAGAUGUUGCCGGUGUCGCCGCAGAGCGCGCGCGACGCCGAGCUCAUCGCUGAAGCCAAACUGCUGCGACAGCACAAAGGACGCCUCGAGGCCAGGAUGCAGAUCCUGGAGGACCACAACAAACAGCUGGAGUCCCAGUUACACAGGCUGAGGCAGCUGCUAGAGCAGACGGAUUCCAAGGUGAACGGCACAGCUCUGUCCUCUCCCUCCACUUCGUCUCAGCGUUCAGACUCCUCCCUCCCUCUGCUCCGUGUGGCUGCCAGCCAGACUACUGAUACAAUGGGUGAUGAUGAGCUGUCCAGCCCUUCCCAAGAUGCAUCUGGGCUGGAGGAAGUGAUGGAACAGCUCAACAAUUCCUUCCCUCAUAGCCAGGGUCCCAGUAUUGGCAGUUUGUUCCACAUGGCUGACGAUCUUGGCCGCGCCAUGGAGUCACUGGUCAACGUGAUGACAGACGAGCAGAGCGCCGAACAGCACGAGGCCCUGCCCUUCUGAUCCGACCUCCCUCUCUCUCUUCCCCUUCCUCCCUUUCAUCCCUCAGCAUGCUUUUCUAGUCAAAACAACUGGAUUGGAAACACAGUUUACAAAGAGAAUACAUAACGUCUAUUUUUGUGAAGGAUUGCGGUUCCAAUGAUGCGUUAAAAGAAAAAAAAAAAAGGAAAAAAAGAAAAGAAAAAUCAUUAAAACUUGUAGAUUUCAGUAGUUUCUUAAAACGUCCUGAAGUUGUUUUAUUAUUAACAGAGGCUGAUUUUUAAACUUCUAUGCAACUGUAUAAAAGGCGGGGGGAGAGGGGGGAGGGGUCGGUGUGUUAGUGUGGUCAUAUAUUUGUCCUCUCUUUUUAAAUCGGGGGGAACGGCUGAGAACAUUUCAGACAUUUGUAUGAGGAAAAAAAAAGAAUGAUUGUAAAUCAUAAAGGGUGCUUAUUAAGAGGAAACUGUCUUUCAAUAACAGCGUACACAACUGUCAAGGUAUUACAGUACAUUGUCUGUGAGACUGUGUGUGUGUUUAUGUAUGGUUCUAUACAGUAUGUGUGUGUGUGUGUGUGUGUGUGCGCGUUUCCCCAUUGCAUUACAGAUGUUUUUUUUCUUUCCAUCCAUCCAUCCAUCCAUCAUCCAUCCUUUUCACCUUCGCCCAUUCUGAGCAUCUUUGUGACAACAGGAGUUUUCCCUGUGUUCCUUUUUUCUACCACAGUGUACUGUGUGCAUAAGCACAUGUUGAGAAAGCCUGAGUCAGAGUCGGGCAAGGUCACUUCAGACCGCCUGCUAUCAGCUCUAUGUAGCAUUUAUUUUUUUUUUCUUUCCUGUUUUGUUUGCAACAAAAAGGUGGAUUACAUGACAGCUUCCAAGCCACAACGUCUCCAUACAUCGCCCCUCUGUGGCCGACUGUAGUAUUGCUCAAAAGUCAAAUUACAUGUGUGAAGAUGUUUUUUCUAAUAAGUACUCCGGUCAUGUUCGAUAAUUCUGAUCACACUGUUUCUUCUAAGUAAAUGUGAAGAACAUUUGAAGAAGAAUGUGAAUCUUUCGAGUCCAAAGUGUUUUUAUGGAUUUUUAAAACUUCACAUUACAUCCUGAUUAUUGCAGUUGAAAAUGUAAACUUCAUUUAAAGUUUCACCUCUCGUCUACAGUGUCGGCAUAUGUUCAGGGCCUGUUUUGUGCACACAGUACACCGUCUGAUCGUCGACGACGGCUGCUCCUUGUUAGAUUUACUGUAAGUGAAUGUUCUUCAAACACUACGAGGUUUGGCUCGUUCAUUAUUUUUGAUGAAGAGCUAAAAUUUCAAUUUCAAAUUACAAAAAAAAGAUUUUCUUAACAAGCCCAGUACCAUAAGCUCUACCUCGUAUAAAUUGUCUACUAAAGUCUAGUUCAGAGGUAAUUUCUCUACUGUACUCAACCCUGCACUCUUCUCACAUUAUUAGUUGAUGAUUGCUGGCUAAUUGAUUUAUGUCAAAAGUCCUAAUCGCUCUCUACAUGUCACUCUGCUGUGUAGGAGCGUCCAGUCUGAAUGUACAUCUAUGAUUUUACACUCACAAAUCAAAUAAUCCAUGUGCACUACUGUCAAACCUGGGAUUUACUAGAUAUUUGUUUUCUGUGUGCGGAGAAUGCAUUUAUUCUAGUUGUGUUACAGUGUUAUGUUUUUCGUCCUUCGGUUAAAAACAUUAAGAUUUGUGCCGUGUGAGGUGUUACAAUAUUAGCAUGUGUGACUUAAGAGAAUCCAUCCUUGUUUAAUGUAUAACUACUCAAAGAGGUUAUACACACACACACACACACACGUGUCUGUGUGUGUGUGUGUGGUUUUUGACAUCUAUUCUUGCAGCAUGAUCCAAGAGGUUUUUGUUUUUGGUCCAGACACUGAAUUUGUUUUUGUUUGUUGAUUUUUUUUCUUCUUUUUUUUUCAUUUCUAACAUUUGUUUCAUGAUCACAUCAUUUUUGAAACGACGCAUCAGUUCUUCACAACAUAUCAGAGUCCACCAAAUAUAUGCCUUACUACUGUAUUAUAAAAUGCUUUACUGUGUAUCAAUAAAGCACGCAGUUAUGUUGA